CCUGUCUCAGGUAAAGAAGAAUUUGCCAAAGAAUUCAAGAGAACCAAGAGUCAUAUCAUAAUGAUCAUCGCCAAUGAAAGGCAGGGAAAAAAAAGGACGAUCCGAACAAGCCUUGAAACGGGUCCCCAGUCCGGCAUGGAUGAUGUCAUACUUAAAUUACACGCUGAUACCUCGGGAAUACUGGGAUUACCACCCAUUCUCUCGGUCUACAUCACGAUAUUACCUGUCUCAUACUCAAUACAUCACCGCAUCUCUUUCUUCUCCUCUUCUUCUCUUCUUCUCUUCUUCAUCUUCACUUCUCUCUCUCUGUCUUCUUCUUCUCUCUCUCUCUGUGGUUUUCUUGUCCCUCUAUUUUCUUCAAUCUUUUUUGUCUUUCUAUCUCUCUCUUCGUGUUUCUCUCUUUUCUCUCCUACUGUUGUACUCUACCAGUCUGAUCACCCAAAUUGCCUCUCGUCUCCACUCCGUUUCUUCCGAUCUCUAGACUGGUCUCGCCACUCUCUUCCAUCUCUUAGUCUCCUGAUCGGCUCGUCGUUCCGUCCUCUAAUUCUAUCGUCACAUUUAUCUCUCUCUCUUUCAAUUCGAUCAAUUUUUAAAUACCUUAUCUCAUUACACGUCAAUUCGCAUGCACGGGUUAGAAGACAUGCCCUCCCCCCCCUCUCGAUGGUGGUUACUCGUCCAGGCCGU